AGUUGUUUAUACAUAUAUGGCUGCAGGGGCAAGUGGCGCUGUGGAGGCUGCCGGCGGGGCUGCAGGGCGCGGCAGACGAGAGCGAAGAGGAGGCGCUCGCCGCGCGCUGGUGGGGCGCCGCCGGCGUGCGCCGCUGGCUCCAGGAGCACGUCACCAGAGUUCCAGGGCACCUAUGGGACGCUGAAGCGGAGUCGGCGUUGCUGGCGGCGGCGCGCGGCUCAGAGCUCACCGGCGCGCGGCUUCUCGAUGACCUGCUACCAGACUUGAUGCGUGCGCUCAACUACGAUUCAGCGGACUCCGACUUGGACGAGGAUGAAGACUUGGCACUGGAAUCGGAGACGGAAGACGAACCCCCGCGUGCGAGGCUUCGUCGCGAGCUGCGGUGGUUGAGGCGAGGGCCGCCUGAUCCUGCUGCGGAGGACUCGGCGCCGCACGCGCUGCUUUGCCCGCUGUCGCACCGCCUGCUGUGGGCGCCGGCGCGCGCGGCCGACGGCCUGACCUACGAGCGAGGCGCCGCGCACGAAUGGUUCCUGGCUGCGGAGGGAGCGGUAUCGGGCGUGUCGGGUCGGCGUCUCCGCAGCGCGCGUUUACUGCCAAACUAUGGCGUCCGGCGCACUCUACGUCGGCAUCUCCGCACCGCGCGGGCUAAACCCGACGCCGACCCGGCGCCGGAAAACGUGGACACGGCAGACCUGCUGGGGCUAGGAGAGUGAUCCUUACUAAGUGAGUCUAUUUUUUAUCCUUGUCUACUGCCCCCGGGCCAGAUCCGAGCCUGACCCAGAGGGAAACGUAGACACGACAGACUUGCUGAUUCCUGGU